CGUAUCCAAUCGGCGUAGCGCUUAUUGAACGGCAGCGGUAACCGAAGUACACAAGGUGCUUGAGCGACUUGAGGGGAAAGCUGGGGGUCAGGCCAUGAAUUUGGGAGAUGGUUUAAAGCUUGAAACUGAAUUAUUGGAUGGAAAAACCAAGCUAAUAUUGUCUCCAUAUGAACAUAAAUCGAAAAUUUCUGUGAAGAUGGGAAAUAAGACCAAGAUUGCAAAAUGUCCUCUAAGGACAAAACAAACUGGACACAUUCUAAAAUCAACACAAAAUACGUGUGUCAGGAGUGAAAAACUUUUACAGAAGAAGAGAAUUGGUUCAGAAACUUCACUGAAAAAAGGUGAAAAAAAUAAAAUGACUUUUUCACCCACUAAGGAUUUAUGCAACCAGUACGGAGAUAAUGACUGUCUUCAUAUCCAAAAAGGGAUUUCACCUUCAGCUCCUAAUAUGCAGAAGAUUGGAAACACCGUAACUGCAUCUGUGGCUAAACAGAAGCCUUGCAGAAACCACCGUGCAGCUGAAGAUGUGAAGGGCGGUUUGGUAUGUCUAACACAAGACCAACUACAACAGAUUUUGAUGACUGUAAACCAAGGAAAUAGAUCUGUUUCUCUGACUGAGAAUGGGAAGGAAGAAGCAAGUCGGUACAAUCUACAUUUCAACAAUAUUCCUAAUCAGCCAAAGGAUGAAAACAUAAUGGGACUACUCCAAAAAACUGAGGCUGUUUUGUCUGUCCCGGAAGAAAAUAAAUUGGUUUUAAAUAAAAAGCAGGAGACAUCUAAGCCGCUUGAGCAGAAAAUUGCUAUAGAGAACGUAUGGAAGCCAGCUGACAUAUUCAGUACUCUCGGGGAAAGAGAACGUGAUAGAAGUUUGUUGGAAGCAAAAAAAGCCCAGUGGAGGAAGGAGCUAGAUGAACAGGUUGCUUUAAAGAAGAAAGAAAAAGAAGCUUCUGAAAAAAGGAAUAAUAAUCCUUGGAAAAAAUCUGAAAGUGAUAAAAUAAUAUGGGAAAAACCUCAUAUUCUUGAUCAAUCUCGGACAUCUGCUAGCUCUUCAAGCAUUCUGUCACAGUCCCCCAGCCAAGCAGUGGCCGUCCAGACUGCUGGACAGUUGGUUGUUAGAGCUAGUCCGCCUCUGGAGGAAGCAGUGCCACUGGAGCGCCCUGUCUGUACUGUGAAACAAGAACAGCAGAGAAAGUGGAUUGAAGAGUUGAAUAAGCAAAUCGAAGAAGACCGGCAGAGAAAACUAGAGGAAAAAAUGAAUUAUUCAAAGGGCGAGGAACAUGACAGAUGGGCAAUGCACUUUGAUUCCUUAAAGAGUUACCCUGGUUCUCAGUCUCAACUGUCCUGUCUAUCAACACACAAACAACCAGAGUACUUGUGUGUCUCUCCUGACACUCAGGAGCUAGCUGACAUCAGCACUGUUUAUACACCUACAGAUGGAAGCCAGGUUGGACCUUCAGAGGAAGAACAUACAGCCAAACCUGUUAGGGAAGUGGCUAUGACAAACCAUCAGAAAACAAACUUUCUCCGUUCUAUGACUGCUCUCCUGGACCCAGCUCAGAUCGAGGAACGAGACAGACGGCGGCAAAAACAGUUAGAACAUCAGAAAGCCAUCACUGCUCAGGUAGAAGAGAAGCGCAGGAGGAAGCAGCUAGAAGAAGAACAAAGAAAGAAGGAAGAACAAGAAGAGGAACGUCGCUUAGCACGAGAGCGAGAAGAGAUGCAGAAACAGUAUGAAGAAGACAUACUUAAGCAAAAACAAAAGGAAGAAAUCAUGACUUUCAAGACGAGUGAGCUGCUACAGACAAUGCAGAGAGCUCAGGAGCUGGCACAGAGACUCAAACAAGAACAGAGAAUCCGAGAAUUGGCUGAAAAGGGACACGACACUUCCAGGUUGCUUAAAAAUCUUGGUGUUGAUACAAUACAAAUGGAAUAUAAUGGAUCCACUAACAACAUUUCCAAUAUAAGACAAAGCUCUGAGGAAGUCGAUGGUGAGAUGAAUAUGUGUAUCAAUUACACGACCUCUCCCAAGAAGGAUACUGGUGUGCAAACAGUCCACAGAUGGCCUGGCCAGAGGAAUGAAUCAUUACAAGAUGAUGACCUAAGUACAGGAGUGUUCAAUGCAGAGUCACACUGUGGGUCAGCACUUGAGAGAGAGGUUAUAGACUGUUCAUCUCCUGAGAUUUCUGCAGAAUUUUAUGGGCAAUUUAACACCAAGAAAAACAAGCAAGAAUUAAGUCAGGAUAAAGGAGUCAGCUUAGAAAAAGAAAACACCUGGCAUACUGACUGCUGUAAUCAGCUCACAAGAACCGAGAAACAAGUAAGACACAUGAAGAAGUGUCUUAAAAGGCCUGACUGGAACAUAAAUAAGCCACUCAGAAGGUAUAUUCCAGCAUCAGGAAAGUAUCCUAAACAGCUUCAAAAGCAGAGAGAAGAAAAAAACGUAAGGCGGCAAAUGGAACUGCUUCACUUGGUGGAAAGCAAGCACCCCGGACGCCUAUCUCAGAACAGAGGCACUUCCCCAGCAGCUCUUCCCACAUCUUAUCAGGAAACGGAGUCAAAAUUCAGGUGGCACCUAGUCAAAAAGGAAGAGCCUCUAAAAAAUUCUUUCAGCAAGGAAAGUAGGCCUCAGUCACCACCAAUUCCAGUGGUGAAAAACAGAACUCUGCAAACUCAGACUCAUCUCUUACACUUACCACUACAGAGCGGUAGUUACGAAACAGAGAAUCCAACCUCAGGAGCCAGUCAGACAGAAUCAUCAUUUGUGACUUCUGAACCAUCCCAUUUCAUUCCCUAUGUCCGAACCAAUGAGAUCUAUUACCUGGAUCCAGAUGCACCACUGUCUAGGCCUUCAGCCCAGGACCCCCAGUACCAGAGCUCACGUGACUGUGACCAAGAACAGCACCAACUAUUUGAAUCUGACGGUGGCAGGGACCCACUUCUUAAUCCUAACCUGGUGAAAAACAGGGAUCGACAGCAAGCAAUCCUAAAGGGACUGUCAGAACUGAGACAGGGCCUUCUCCAGAAGCAAAAGGAAUUGGAAACUAAUCUCAUGCCUUCAGCUGCAAAUCAAGAAGAGAAUUUUAGUUGUUUGUUUUAAGUGUAGAAAACCAAACCCUUCACAUUUAUCUUCCAAAUUAUAAAAUGUGCUCUUUCCUCAGUUGUACUUUUCUCAUAGCUUAUUUUUUAAAUGCUCAUUAAAAACGUAUACAUCAUGUAGCAGUAAAAUGCUGUACAUCUUUUUUAUAUAAUGAAACAGACACUUUUGUAAAAGUUAAAAAAAAUUCUUUUUUUUUGCUCUUUCAUAGCCUGGGUAUUUAAGUUCAAUAGAAACUUUCUACUUACCGUGAUAGAGUCUGACCUGUGAACACAAUGCCAUGCCUGUAUUCUGCCCUCUAAGCAACAUUAAAAAGAGUGGCAGUCUUGCACAGUCCUUUUGAGGCACCAAAGUUCUGAUUUAACACAUCCAGAUGCUUUUACCAAAAUAACCCAAAGUAAGUCCAUGUAAUCUGUGGAAAGUUUUCUAAAUUCUAUUUUUUUGAAACACAUAAGUUAGCAUUGGUAAUGGAGAGGAAGUUAUAAGCGACGGGUGUGACUCUGACAUCUGUAUCCGCCAUACACUUGAGCACCUAUGUGCUGAGUAAAAUGGUAACUAAUACUACUAAAGUGUAACAUCAAAAAUAUACUUCCAUUUUUCUAAGACUACGAACCAGUUUAAAAAUUUGUAGCUUUUUCCAAAUUGUUUAAUGCCUUUAAAUAACAGAAGCCUAUUUUUUUAAAAGAUAAACUGAAUUUGGUUAAAUCAAGGACCACACGAGCACUGAAAAUCGUAAUUAUCAAAUACUCUCAAAAAAGCUGACUGAAAUUUUAACAAUACACAAUUUCUACAUGGCUGAGUCUAAAGAUAAAAAACAGUGCUGCGUGGGAUUCGUUCAGUCCUAUUUACAUAGUCAAUUAUCUAAAUGAAUCUGCAUUCUCACGUAAAUCUUAUGGUCUUGAGCCGAAAUUGUGUAAAAACACUAUACAGAAGCGUCAAUCAAAAUAGUUGAUAAUUCAUUUCAGCGAGUUUGUAUCAUCUGACCUGACAUUAGUGGAAUAAAAAGUAAAGCCGCUAUUGUUUCCAUCCUUUCUGUGAAUACCUGGUUUGACAUAUAAAACAGGCUUCAAUUUGAAGCCAAAGUAUAUGAAAUAAAAUUGAAAACUUAAAAGUGCCCUUAAAAGUGCCAUCAGGAGAUAAUUCAAGUAGCAUGUAUGUUAAAAAUAUAUAUGUAUUUAUUUCAAUUUUCAGAUGCUUCAACUGUUACAGGCCAUCAUGAUUUAAAUAAGAGAAAAAAAUUGAGAAAGGACAAGAAACCUUUUUAGAGAAGGAAAUAUAAAUUGUUAAUUCACUUUUACGAAACAGAAAAAGUCCACAACAAACUAUUAAAAAAAAAAAAAAAAAUUACUAUUUUUUCCCCCAACUUAA